CCCCAAAAAAACACAUUAGUUUAAUGCCAUCGGAACUUUGAUAAAGUUAACUUAUCGUGCAAUAGUACUCAGCCGCCGCUAGGAAACUCUAACCCGCUAAACCCAACCAGAGAUGCGCACUCUGUCUUACCGGCCGGACCGCCGAUGCAAGAACGACUACAAAUCCCAGAAUGCACUGUUACCCCUCUCGCUCCUGAGCUCUGGCUGUGUGUGUGAGAGAUAGUGAGAGAGUGAGAGAGUGAGAGAGUGAGUGCGGAGCCGGUGCGUCCGAGAGUGUCAGUCGAGCUCAGAGCGACAAGAACUGCUGCUGCCCUUAGCUACUGUGUAGGAGCGCUUUGUGAAACCGGACUGGGGUUUCAGAACAUGACGAACCUUCAGACCAUCAGCGAGCGGGAUCUGGGAGAGAUGAGCGCUCUGGUCCAGUCCAGGGUUCUGACCGAGGUGGUGUCUCAGGUCCAGACCCUACUCAACAAACUGGGCACCGCCAGCCUGGAUAUCGCAGUGACGGGGGAGUCCGGCGCGGGCAAGUCCACCUUCAUCAACGCCUUCCGCGGGCUGGGGGACGAAGACAAAGGGUCUGCCAGGACGGGGGUGAUCGAAACCACCCGGGAAGUAGCUGUUUACCAGCACCCCAGCCUCCCCACCAUCCGCCUCUGGGACCUCCCGGGUAUCGGAACCCCAGACUUCCGACCGGAGCGCUACCUGGAAGACGUGAACCUGGAGCGCUACGACUUCUUCAUAAUCGUGGCGUCGGAGCGUUUUAAGGAGAACCACGCGCUGCUGGCCCGGAGCAUAGGAUCCAUGGGGAAGAAAUUCUACUUCGUCCGCACUAAAGUGGACUCGGACCUGGCUUCCUCCCGGAGACAGCAACCCAGCAGCUUCAACGAGGCCGGCAUCCUGGACAGGAUCAGGGGGGACUGCGCGCGGUCGCUGGAGAGAUCGGGGGCGGGCUGCGCCAGCGUGUUCCUCAUCUCCAGUUUCGAGCCCCACAAGUAUGAUUUCACGCGCCUGCGGGAUACACUGGAGAGGGAGCUGGAGGGGUACAAGAGGCACGUGUUCCUGCUGGCCCUGCCCAACCUCUCCUGCGCCUACGUGGAGAAGAAGAAGCAGGCGCUGUCCGGCACGGUGUGGAAGACGGCGCUGUCUGCCUGCCUGGCCGCCGCGGUGCCGGGAGCCGCGCUCCACUGCAACGUGGACAUGCUGAUGCAGACGCUGCGCUCCUUCCAGCGGCACUUCGGCCUGGACCCGGAGUCUCUGCGCCGGCUGGCCGACAGAACGGAGAAGCCGUAUGAGGCCCUGAGAGCGGCGUUGCGGUCCAGUCUGGCGGAGGAUCUCUCCGCGCAGCGGGUGGUGGAGCUGCUGAGGCAGGCGGCUCUGGGGCAGCAGGUCCUGACCAGGGUGCUGGAGAGCAGGGUGCCCGUCCUGGGCAGCAUCGCCAACGGCGGGGUCUCCUUCGCUGCCACGCACUACAUCCUGAGCACCGCGCUGAACGAGCUGGCGGAGGACGCGAAGAGAGUGAUCGGGACGGCGCUGGAGGAGAGGAAGGGAGAAACAGAGCCCGAGUUCCAGGUCCCUGACCCGGGCUUCUUCGCCUACGACUGAGCGCUCCUGCCUUCCACUCGCCGUCACACAGCUGCAAGCGCCUUCCAAUAGCGGAUUACACAGACGCAGGGGGUGCGUGUGUGAACACGUGAAAGAAAAUUAAAAUUAUAUAUAUAAAUAAAACCGCUUUGCUGUUCCAUGCAUUGAACUGUAACGAUAUAUAAUUUAGGAUGCUACCUCUACUCAGUAAAUACAGGUGCGUUUACAUUACAGUGUUAUUGUGCAGAGUUACAAUCUAUUAAACGCAAUAUGAAUGUAAUUACUCAGUCCUGCCUUAUUAAUACGCUCUUUUAAACUGUGUUUUCGUGUGAUACUUCUCAAGAUGCGAGACUUAUCGAAAAUAAAAAAAAUUAUAAAGUAAACUGGCUGUAUUUUAGAUGAAUGUAUUCUUAAUAAACGCUCUGGAAUCGCUGUUGAGAAUGAGAGGCGCAUGAAGAAACAGCGAUGCAGAUCUGUGGUUGUUUAAAAGGUCCCAGGGUGGUUUUCUGAACAGGGUGCAUGUACUGAUAGUUUGUACAUCGAAUGUAAACGUGGUUUUCAUUUUUAAUUCAAUAAAGCUGUCGCUGGA